AUGGCCCCUACGCGGAAGUUUACUAUCCCUCAAGAGUUCGAGGACCGUCUGCACUAUGUCGAACCCACUGAUCAGCGCACUGACGAGGAAAUCUUGGCUUCGUUAGAAGAGUACAAGCCUGUCACGUCCGAAAAGAAUAUCUGGGCCUUCUGGGACAAAGGUAUUCGCGCGAUGCCAGGCUGGUGCCAGCGUAAUAUUGUUGAUUGGGUCCGAAUCAGUGGGCCCUCGUGGACAGUCCGCAUACUCGACUCUGUAGCAGGCUCGGCGACGAAUGCCCUCGAAUAUGUCUCACCCGACCUCCUGCCGGAGUCGUUCGUUACGGGCACGAUGACUGGAAUAUACACUGGCCCUCACAGUUCGGAUUUCCUGCGAGGUGCAUGUUUGUAUUCUCAUGGGGGCGUCUACAUGGAUACCGGAAACAUCUUGAUUCGUGGUCUUGACAGGAUAUGCUGGAAUCAGCUGGCGGACCCCAAUUCGCCCUUUGAAGUCUGUGCUCCGAUCAUGUACGGAACCACCAUGGCCAACCAUUUUGUGGCCAGUCGCAAGGGCAACCCCUUUAUCAAAUGCUGGCACGACCUCUUCGUCUAUCUCUGGAAAGACCGCAAGAACCACGAAGGCUUGAUCCACCAUCCCAUCGUCUCCUUCGCAUUGACUCACACCUUCGAGGCGGCGCAACAGGCCAAGUACGGUUGGGAUUUCAAGGUAGGCCCGCAAACGGUGAUGGAGUACAUCAGCCAAGUUCUCGCCUGGCAAAGACUGUGCAUGCUGGAGAACGCCAGGGACGGCUUCAACGCGACCGAAUACUGGAUGAACAAGGUCCUCGUCUUCGACGCAUUGCAAGAAGAUUGGGGCGCGGAAGCCACGAUCGGCUUUGGCGGCCCGCUGUUGUUCAAUGCCUUGGCCACGAAACUCGACGCCCCGAAGGACUCGGAGGAAUACAAGACGGCGGACAAGCUAGUCUGGCGUCUGCUGGCCGAGUCGAGCUUGCAGAAAAUCACCCACGGGAAGGACCUGACCUCGACGCCGGCGGCUGGUGUGCUCUGGGAAGAGCCAGGCAACGAAGACAAGGACCACGAGCCGGGGACGUUUGCCGAGCUGCUCCGGUAUGGGACCGUCCACUUCCAACAGACGCGAGAGAGCAUCCAGUAUCUCAAGGCUGAAAAGCCACCAGUGACAUCGCAAAAGGGGCUUCUCGAGGCAUAG